AUGUUCAAUUUCGUCGCAUCCCAGCACAUUUCGGCCCUCCAGAACAUUGUGGCUGAGUUCAAGGUGGAGUGUGUGCAAUUGCAGAGGGAGCUGGUAAAAUGCAAGACGGCCAAGGCGAAGAAGGACCUGAAACAGUGCAUGAACCAGCUGUCCCAGCUUCUUGUCGUGAGCCUGGUGCACCACCUGGAAAAGCACGGAGCCCUGAAGGACGCCGCGCUAACGAAAGAUGGACCCGUUGCGUCUUGUCCUUUGAGGAAACAAAGAACGGUAAUUCAGCGCUAA